UGCAGCCCUGGUCCCGCCUCUCGUUCAAAUCUCAGAGUGUGUCUUCAUUAUCAACUGCAGGGCAAGAUACUUGUAGUUAAGCAGAGAUAAAAAAAAAAAGAAGAGGUUUGUGGGAAGACAGACAGAGAGAGAGAGAGAGAGAGAAUCAUAAGUAAAGGUAAGGGGACAGAGAUUGUGGAAAAGAAGAGAAGAGAAAAGAUCAGUGGUGGAAAAGGUAGAUGAGAUAUGAGAGCAAAGUAGUGGCUUGGGGAUCAAAGAGGCAUAGAUAUAAAAACGUGCUGCAAAAAAGAAAAGAGCGGUCAGAAGAGUGGCCAGCUUCGUCCUACAACCAAGAGAAAGGAAUUCACUAAGGAUCCACAGAUAAAGAUGCAUGUCUUCUUGCUGCUUGGCUGCUUUGUCCUCACCACGACAGAGUACUUUCUUUGCUCUGCCCACAUGAUCCCAGAUGAGAUACUCUCCAACAACAAGGUUGUUGUAUCUAACGUAUCCAACACUCUGUCUCAAAGCCAACAGAUACACUCACCUCCUGUCGUUAUUGUUGAGUUGCCCAAAACAGCGAGGAAGAGCAGAAAAGGAAAGAAACAAAAAAAGAAAAAAUAUGGUGCAAAGCUCCCUCCUCCUCCUCCUACUGCUCCUGCUAACUGCACUCCCUUGUGGGGAAGCUGCAAAUCUCCGAGCAAUGUAUGCUGUGACAUCUGUGCCUUCUGCCAGUGUCGCCUCUUCAGAACUGUGUGUUUCUGUCGAAUGGGCAACCCACACUGCUGAGCGGCCGUCUGCAGCCUGACCCGACAAAACUUCAUGCUGGCUUCAAAAUUGCUUCUUGGUUUGGUUCUCGGUUUUUAAUGCUGCCCUAAAUCUACUGCAUGAAAGCACUUUAUCAAAUAGGACUGCACCAUAGUGAAGUGCCUUAAAUCUUCCAGGGUAUAAUGCUUGUACUGUAGCACUGCCAUGAAACCUUUUUUUAAAUUCAUGUUUUUAAGCUUUUAACGUGCAUACACAGAAUAAUACUGUAUGCUCAAGCUAUUUUCUAUUGCUUUAUUUUUUUAUAUAUCAUUAUAUAUCAUUUCAAUGAGUAGCCAAUAUUUUAAUAAAGUUCUGUACCGUGUUUUCAUA